ACGCCCACCGUUCAGGCUUUUACUCCACUUCCGGAAAGUAUACUCGCUGCUUCUUCCUCGCCUUACUUCGGGGAUUACUGAGGUUAUACUUUGGGCAGGACUUUACACCAUCAACAAAAAUGAGUGAAAUGAAACCGAGCGAGGCGACUCCAGCUGCAGACAGCACGGAGGAAAAGGACUGGGCUGCGGCGAAAGCUUUCUUUGACAACCUCCAAACUAAAAAACCGAGACCUCCCAAACCCCAGUAUGCUGUCACCAUCGCAGUCUCCUCUCGCACCCUCUUUAACAUGGUGGAAGAGAGGAAGAUCUAUGAGGAAGAAGGACUGGAGAAGUAUGUGGCUCAUCAGGUGAAGCAUGAGAGCGAGCCCCUGAAGCCUGGAGCAGCUUUCCCCUUCGUGAAGGCUCUGAUGACCGUCAACGCUCGACUCAGGGAGCUCUACCCGGACAGUGAGGAGCUCUUUGACAUCGUCUUAAUGACAAACAACCAUGCCCAGGUCGGAGUGCGCCUCAUAAACAGCAUCAAUCACUACGAUCUGACCAUCGAGAGAUUCUGUAUGACUGGAGGUCAGAGUCCCAUCGGAUACCUGAAGGCCUACAUGACGAAUCUGUACCUCUCCAAGGACUCAGAGAAAGUCACAGAGGCCAUAGAGGAAGGCAUCGCUGCAGCCACCAUGUUCAUGCGGGAGACGGAGACAGAGUUGUGCGACACUCAGCUCAGGGUGGCAUUUGAUGGCGAUGCCGUCCUCUUCUCAGACGAGUCCGAGAUCAUCGUGAAGCAACACGGCCUGGACACCUUCUUCGAGCACGAGAAAGAGUUCGAGAACAAGCCUCUCGCUCAGGGUCCCUUAAAGUGUUUCCUGGAGGCUCUCGGCAAACUCCAGAGGAAGUUCUACGAAAAGAACGAGCGCAUGAACUGUCCCAUCAGAACCUUCCUGGUCACGGCCCGCAGCGCCGCCAGCUCCGGGGCCAGAGUCCUGAAGACUCUCCGCAGCUGGGGUCUGGAGAUCGACGAGGCCCUCUUCCUGGCCGGAGCUCCUAAAGGGCCCCUGCUGCAAAAAAUCAAACCUCACAUCUUCUUUGACGACCAAAUGUUUCACAUUGAGGGGGCUAAGGAACUGGGGACCAUUGCUGCACACGUCCCCUAUGGGAUCGGACAGAAGUACCACAAAGGGAAACUCAUUGAGAAGCCAGAGAAAAAGAAAUAAGAUAAAAAGGGUUAAAAUACUCAACAUGCACUACACUGUCAUCUGCAUAGAGAGGUAUGCUUCUGCUAUCUGAAGAAAAAAUGGUAUUUAAACAGAAGCAGCUCUAUUUUUAAAGGAGUUAGGUCAUGGGUAAAUAAUACAAGCUACAAAGUUUGAUAUGUUUGGGGUUAUUUUUUAUAUUUCCAGGGUUUUCUACAGGAGAGGGUGUUAAGUGUUGCGACAGGUGGUGUGCGCUACUUCACUUCACACUGUUUUGUAAGAGGGAGUCAGACUUUUAACCUCUGUGUGCCUUUUAAUGAGACUGUUUGAACCUGUUUACCUUCAUGUUUCUGUCAUAUUCUCUGAAGUUUCAUACAAAACACACGUUUAUUAUCUUUCUCUUGGUUUAGGAUUUUGGUGUAUACAGUUUGAGGGAGGCAGGGGGAUGUGUUUGCUGUGUUAGUUUAUUUCUUGAUUAGAUUUUGGACUUCAAAGUUGUCAAACAUAUUCCAGCAGUGGUUUUGCACAUUUAAAGUCACUCAUCAUUCAUAAAUGGAUGUCUAGGGGAGACUAUCCUGGUCUUACUAGGGAUCCCUCAUGCUGUCUGUUUUUGUUACUCUUUGCUGUGUGUGCGCACAAAAUUUAUGUUUGUACUGCAACGUUUAUAUUCAAGUUCUUUUAAGAUUUUGAUGCUUUUAUAUCUGGAUAUCAUAACUACACUUUUCUAACGUGUUCCUGAGUUUUAUUAAGGCUUCAUUCACUGUCCAAGUUUCAUUCUGUAAAGAUGUGUAAAUGUACGCUUACCUCAACAUCUUUGACGAGCCAAACUUACUUUUUGUAAAUGUUUUCAUCAUCACAGUAACAUUUCUUAGGAGUAGAUCCAGUCGUAUUUUGCAGUAAUGUUCAUGUUGCAGCAACACAAUUAAAGAUUCUUCACUUUCUGUAUUCUGAUUUUAAA